ACACGUAUAUUGUAAAACAUUCGACAUCAGUUUACAACUGAUCAGUCGUUCUUCYACGUCAGAGAGAGAGGUUCUAACCUGUGUUAUAGCGAGUAAAAGAAGAAGUUCAAUCGCGAUGUCGUCCAAGAUUUAUACUGUAUUGAUAAUAACUGCCAUCGUUUCUGCCGAGAUGAUUGAAGCAAAGAAACACUUCAAAGACUGCGAAUACUUAACACUGGCAAAAUGCGACAAGAAGUUCAUGGACACUUUUCAGCUAUCAGUUGAGGAGGCGCCAGUAAACCUCAAGUUUGACGUGUAUUGCAAAGCCUUUCAGACAUACGUGGACUGCUUGACCUCAGCAUCAUGUCGAGGCGUGUUCAUUGAUCUCRAUAGACUUAUGAUUCUUCAGCAUACCCUGAUGGAUAAGAAACUGGGGAUUUGCGUUGGGCACGAAUUGGAUAAAUUGAUGCGACUUGUUAUGGCUGACUUGAAAYUCGACUCAGUCCCUAUCGCUGGAGACCAAAUUUCUGGAUGCGCUGAAAACAUUCAUAGAAAAUGUGCAGGGAAUAUGGUUAAGGAUUUCCAGACAGACAACCGAAUGUGUUAUGGAGUCAAAAACUUCAUCAACUGCUACAAGAAAUCUGGUUCUUCGUGCAGUGCAAAGAUCUACACGGAUUUCAACAAUACUUUGCAAAGGCUUGCAAAACAUCUGCUCGUCAUGUUUAAAGAAGUCAAAGGAGUAAUGCCUAACUGCUGAUUUAAGAACCUAUAACGUUGUAAUCGGAAUAAUACUCGGUAGAAUAAAUAAUGGAGCUUUUAAUGGAGCUAAUAAUCGAUAUUUUGUUGAAAAGGUUGUGGGGGAGACUCGAUAUACUCAAUCGAAGGCUAUUGAGGGUUUGUAAUACUUGAUUAUUUGGUAAUAUUCACUCAUAUCUGCUGCCUGAAAAACAUGGGGGCAAAACCACGAAAAAACUAUGAUGGACACGAUAUGUUGACUGAUAUACACCCACACUAGUAAAUGUCCUUUUUUGAACUCACUAUGUAAUCUACCUGCCUCAGAACAGCUGUUAAACGGCAAGUUUAAGAUGAUAAGCAAUUWAAAGUYAUUGCAAUCACUUGUUAAUGGAAUGGAAAAACAAAUAGUCUUUCAAAACCAAUCAUUCAAAAAUAAACCGACRUAUUUUGAGGGA